AUGGCACCCACUGCUCUAUCCACGCCCACCCCAGCCCAGCCUUCCACCUCCGCCAUCCCCGCAAAGGCCAACAACACCAUGACGACCAACCUCAGCGCCGUCCUCCACGGCCCAAAGGACCUCCGCGUCGUCUCGCGCCCCAUCGAGGCCCCCGCACCCACCGAGGUCCAGAUCCGCGUGCGCUGCACCGGCCUCUGCGGCUCCGACCUCCACUACUACAUCCACGGCCGCAACGGCGACUUUGCCCUCCAGCACCCAAUGUGCCUCGGCCACGAGUCCGGCGGCGAGAUUGUCGCCCUCGGCGCAGACGUCGCCGCCUCCCAGGCCCUCUCCAUCGGCGACCGCGUCGCCAUCGAGGCAGGCAGGAUGUGCGGCGCCUGCCAAAAGUGCAAGGAGGGCAGGUACAACCUCUGCAAAAACAUGCGCUUCGCCAGCAGCGCAAAGACCUUCCCCCAUCUCGACGGCACCCUCCAGAGGUUCAUGAACUGGCCCGCCGCCCUCGUCCACAGGCUUCCGGAAAACGUGUCGUACACCUCGGCAGCGCUCUGUGAGCCGCUGUCGGUCGUGCUCCAGGGCAUUCGACGGUCCAACCUGCAGGCGGGCCAGUCGGUCCUCGUCCUCGGUGCAGGCGCCGUCGGCCUGCUCGCCUGCGCAGCCGCAAAGGCCUCGGGAGCGUCCUACGUCGCCGCCGCCGACAUCGACGAGGGCCGCCUCGCCUUUGCGCGCGCCAACGCCGCCAAGUCGGGCGCCAGCGUGCUCCUCGAGACACUCUCUUCGCCGUCCUCGACGGCCGCCACCGCCGGUCAGGAUGGCGGGUACGCGGUCAACGCUGCGCCGCUCGACCUGAGCACCGACGGCUUCGACCUGACGUUUGAGUGCACGGGCGUGCCGUCGUGCGUAUCGCUGAGCAUCUUUACCACGCGGGCGGGCGGCAAGACGAUUCUGAUUGGGAUGGGCAAUCCGAUCCAGACGCUGCCCAUUGGCGCGGCGGCGCUGCGCGAAGUCGACAUCGUCGGCGUAUUCCGAUACGCCAACACCUACCCCGUCGCGCUGGGUCUGCUUGCCGGUGGCGGUCUGCGCGCCGUGGGAGGGGGUGUACACGCUUCGGGGUCCACGGUGGAUGGUGCGACCGAGGGACACGGCGUGGGGAGGAAGAUGGGCGGGAUCGAGAACCUCGUCUCGCACUCGUUUCCCCUCGAACAGUCCGUCGAGGCCUUUGAGACGCUUGCCCGCGGAAAGGGGGCAGAGGGACGCGGUGUCGUCAAAGUCUUUGUGGUCGACAACGAACCCUAG